UUCAUCACCGAUUACCUUGGCGCAGAGGUUACUUUUGAUCAGGCAUAGGCAAAGUGUGGUCAGCUUUGAUGCAGAAGAGAUAAAAAAACUAUAAAGAUGACAACAGAAGUAUCAGAAGAUCAUGCUAAAAGCAAAGUUAGUGAAAGAGAACAUAUUCGUCGAACAUUUUAUAAAAAUCCAAUCAAAAAAGACAAUCCUAAAUUAGAUCUGGAUUGGAAUUCGUCUCAGGAGGAAAGACGAAAAUGCAUGUUAGAACAUCAAAAAAGAUGUAGAGAUCAAAACUUUAAUGCUGCACGUGGUAUAUUAUCAUAUUUGUCUGAAUUGAAAUACGAAGAUCAAGAAGAUUGGGAAAAUUGUCAAGACGAAGAAGAAGAUUGUGAAGAAGAUGAAGCUUAUGAAGAUUUUGAAGCUUAUGAAGAUCAUGAAUGUUAUGAAGAUUGCAAAGAAAUUAAAGGAUAUGAAGACUACAAAAAAAGUGAUCGCAAUCUAUAUGAAAACAAUACAGGAAUUCACAGAUAUAGGAAGAUGAUGCUCUCAGAAUGGAUGGUAGUUGUUCCGGAAGACUUGGUAGAAAACUGGGUUAUGAUUCCGUGUCCAGUAGGGAAUCGGAGGAGAUUAAUUUCUGGCUUGGGUAAAACAAGGUCGUAUAAUAAAUAUGGUGUCUUGUGCGAUGUCUUUAAUUCAGCGCUUCCUGGUGGAAGUCUUAGUCGCUAUCCAAAUUCCAUUCACGCUUUACAGUAUGCUAUUUUGGAUUGUAUAUGGGUGAAGACAAAACAAACGUAUUAUGUAUUAGAUGUAUUAUUCUGGAACUCAUUACCAUUUACAGAUUGCGAGAUGGAUCUCAGACUAUUCUGGAUCAAGAGCAAACUCGCCGAAAUAGAAAACUUACAAGACCGUGACACUGAUACAAAUACAUAUCCAAUUUUGCCUCUCCCAAGUAUCAAUUGCGACUCAGAUUUAUCAGCGGCUUUAGAAAAUCUUGAUCCCAAAUUGUUUCCUUUAGAUGGGUUACUAUUUUAUCAUCGUGCUGCAUUGUAUACCUUUAUGAAAACUCCACUUGUAACGUGGCUAAAGCCUUAUAUGUUGCCUGAAAAACUCGGCGUAUCUGUAUCGCCACCGCUUGAUGAGCGUCCUGAUGACUAUAUAAAUUUUGAACAUUUCAUAGAACGAAUAAAUAAUGCGAAAAAAUUCCAGAAUCGGGAAAUCAUUUUUACAGAUAUUGAGAAAGAAAACACUGAAGAAAUGGAAAUAGACCGAAAGAUGGAAACAGAAAUAAUAGAGAUAGAAAACGAAGAUGAGAAAGUAGACCAAAAAAUAGAGAUAGAAAACGAAGAUGAGAAAGAAGACCAAAAAAUAGAGAUAGAAAAUGAAGAUGAGAAAGAAGACCAAAAAAUAGAGAUAGAAAAUGAAAGUAAAAAACAGAAAAUGGAAAAAUAG